GGGGGUCGGCCUAUUCUUAUCUUUUCUUAUAAUAGGGGGAGGGAGGGAGGGGGUCAAAAACUAGCAAAAAUAGUCUUACAUAUUAAAUGAAUGGUGCCUUAUCGUUCUCUGCAAUUCAACAUGGUAACUCUAUUUUCUGCAAUGCCCAAUGAGUUUUGAAAAUCUCAUAGUCAACGAGUUCCAAAAUACAGUUGUAAUGUUGCAAUGGCGGUUAAAAGCGAAUCGACACCAUUAUAAUAUUUAACAAGUCAGGAAAGGCUGUAUGGGCUAUGCUUUCUGCAUUUCUUUUGGAAAAAAAACAACGGCUUUUUUGGCGGGAUUUCAUCGAGUGCGGUUGGCGUCUUAAUUUAAUUAUUCUUAAAUUCGUUCAUAGUGGAUAUUGUGAAAUAAAAUUGGUGUGGUUUUGUGUAACAACUGUCUGCGUAACUGAAGAAUUAGUGGAAUCAUUAAAAUAUACGCUAUUCCGGUCAAGUGGACGUGAGAAUUUUAUUGUAGUGUUGACUACCUCACAGAAGCUUAUCGAAAAAGCCAACUCGAUACAUUUCGUGUCAAACACUCCAAGAAACAUUAGAAUGCGUCACACUCACAUUCUAAUGUAAAAACAAAAAGAAGAUAAAUUUAAUUAAAGACUUGGCUGUAUGGGCAUUGUUUCCUUUGCCUUCUCUAAAACGGGAGAACUUCAACAAAAAAAAACAAAAAAAAAACAACGAAAGCUCUGUGUGUCAACUGUCAGAUCAAACGUCAAUUUUUGCGCCAAUUUUGUUAUGAUUUGGAUUUUGGAUCAUAUAUGUUAUAAUUAAUUCAGUGUAAUUUGUGUACACUAUUUGAGGACGAAGACAUUAUUUUUCAAAAGUAACCAUUGAGAAUAUGGAGGGCGCGGUGACCCCUGAAGGCGGGCGCCGUACCCGCGCCGCCCUUGCAGAGAUCCCCGCGCGCCUGGACCGGCUGCGAGUCACGCCGCUACAGCCACUCACCAACACCAGGGAGAGAUCGCCCGCCCUGCCUUCUGGAUACCUCAGUCCAGCUCCGUCGCCCGAUGAGUUGCUUAUACAGCAAAGAGGUCGAAAACGAUUGCCGGUCACAUGGUCCCCGGAUAUUGAUUUCAAGCGUAACUCUUCCUUUCAUUCUUUGGUGCGUACUCCACCUAAAACAUCAGGCCGGUUCUCGCCACCUAAGCUAGGUGUAACAUUGCGCUCUACCCCAAGGAAGCGGCUUCUCUUAGGCGAUUCUGAGAGAAUCCCUUUGACACCAGAAAAGAUAGAUUUUAGUGACAUCAGCACUCCGGAGAAAUUUAAAAUUCAAACUAGUCCCGUCAAAAGUUUACCACCACUGAAAAAGUCCCGCAUCGAGAAACUGGCUGAAUGUAAUGGUCCUAUAGAUGUAGCUCUGAAAGGCUUAAGUCCCACUCAGCUCAUCAAUAUGAUUAAGACGAUAACUUACACGCACCCGGAAAUCGAAAAACAGAUACGUAGGGAGAUGCCUGUGCCAGACUUAUCUCCGUUAGAAGAGAGGUUGAUUUAUUUGAAGUCGAAUAUCUUCAAAAGCCUGCCGACGUCGCGUUUGACUUCAAAAACGGAUUCGCCAGCGUACUCGCGCGUCGCUACGCAUUUGGCUGCAUUCAAAAAGUGUGUCGUAGAACAAGGAAAGGUCUUAGUGGAAUCUCAGCAUUGGGAGUCUGUGAUUCAAUAUGUGUUGCUUGCGUGGAGUUAUGUUAAAUCUACUCCUGUUUGGGACAAUCACCCGCACAAUACUCAGCGUAAGCAAUGCUUUAAAGCGCUCACUAAUUUCUGUAUGACGGCCCUAAAGAAAGGUAAUCUCAAUCAGGAUUUCCUUAUCGAUAUUCAGGAUAAACUGCAGGGAAUGAUAUCCGAUAAUGACGAUAUCCAAUCCUGUCUUAAGUAUAUUCAAGGACAGUUGCAGAAAUUCAAUUAGAAUUAUUGUUAGCACAAUAAACUGACGAUAUACAAUAAAUUAUUGUUUAAUAAUACACCAGUUAUAUUACCCAAGAAGCACAAGCUUGAAUGUUUUAAUUACCUUUAUUAUUUGUAGAAUAUUUUGUUGAACAUGGCAGAUUUAGGUACAUUGGUGCAAUAGCUUGGAUCCAUUUUUAGUUGCCUAAAAACGGCAUAAAUUGCCUUAACUUUGUCAAUAGAAAUGUUUUUAUAAGGUAUAUAAUAUCGUUGUCGUAAAGCACUUGCAUAUCAGCGAGAUUGGAUUGGCACCAACUAUUGUAUCAAUGUAAAUUUGCCAUUAAUGAUUUUUAAAUAUAUUUUUUCUUAUUAAGACUUUAUUCUACUGAAGCCAUGUAGUUCAAAUGAUCUUAGAAUAAUUCUACAAUAAGUUGUAUUAGUUAUAUUUGAUUUAGAUUUAAUUAAAAAUGCUCAUUUUGCAUUGUAGGAAUUACUUUAAUUGUUUAUUCGAAUAUCGCUAAAACUGAAUUAACUCCUAUUGUCGAAGUGAGUAUUGUUCCAGUUAGUAUACCACUAUACCAGUAAUAUGUUAAAAAGAAAAAAAGAAGUUAGAAAUCUUUUUCACUUUUAUUGUUAUUAUGUUUUGUUUUGGUAGGUACCUACCUAGACUCGAUAAUAUUAAUGUAAUAAUUAUCUAUACGAUUUGAUACGGUUUUAUUACCAGUGGUUUUAAUCGUGCCUUAUAAUACGAGUAAUCAUAGAAGUUUGCCUUAUAUUUUUAUUGUGACAAAAUAUUUCAGGAUAUUGUUCAUGUUAAGAUGAGUGUUUUUUGUGUGUAGCGAUAAGCAUAUUUUACGCUUAAUAAAGUGUAUUUUUCAUUAGUUUUGUCUAAUUGUUUUAAUAAAAAUGGCACAUUUAUUUAAAUGGCCAGUAAAAAAAAAUAUAAUAAUUGAUCCUCAAAAAAUACAAUCGGUAGCCUAACAUAAUAGUCGGAGAGCCGGCUGUAUAAAAGUCUAUGGAUCAGAUACAUGAAUCAUUUCUGGGAUAUGAACAAUUAAGCCAUAGGUCUAGAGGUCGACACCCCUGAAGUUGCUUGAUUUUGCCCGCAUGCAAAAAUAUGACGUCACUUCCGGUUUUUAUUUUAGGUGUAAUUGUAACUUAUCAAAUACGUGAAGAAAAUGUAUGUCAAACGAAAGUUUUUCAUGAGUAGAAUAGAAAUGUCAAGGGUCGACAAGCUCUAUUUAUUCGCUACCCUGAGUCGACCACCAUUAAUUUUUUUUUUGCCAUCUAAUACAUGUAUUUGUUUACGAUUUUCUGAAACUAGAACCUCUCAAAUGACUGAAAAAAAUU